AACAUAGUUGUCACUAUUAAAUAAAAUAAUUAUUUUUUACUUGUGCAAAAAAAGUGAUCAGACAGCAGUCUUACAAAUAUUCGCUAAUUCAUUUAUUUAGACAUUAUUAUAAAAUUAAAACGAUUUAAUUAUUUUAAAUUCGAUUUCAAGUCAAUUUAAUAAUUUAAUUGUAAAAAUUUAAUGAAAAUAAUAACAAUGAUGUUGACAAAGAAUAUCGUUUUGAUCACAUUGUUCGUAAGUGUUUCGUGCUACGAAUUAAAAAACUCCAAUUCAUCAACAAAAAUCCCUCCUAUCGCACACACAGAUAUGGCUCAACUUUUUGAACUUUGUUUUGCAAAUACAUCCAAUCCGAUCGCAAUAACUGAAAAUUUGGUAGAGACAUUUCACAAAAAUUUGCCCAUUACAAUGAAGGCGCCUGUCAUUAUCAUCAACGAAAAUUUCAUCGCCAAAAAGAUUCAGCUGUACUACCCAACUUACUUGAUGUAUAUUUUAUCGGUGUCGAGUGCUCAGGAGAUGCACGAACUCUUAUCAAAAUUGGUUUUUUCACCGUUAUGGAGUCUGAAAUCCCUAUUUUUUGUGAUCUUCGAAUCCGAAAAACAUUGCGAGCGAUCAUGGAAAAUUUUCAACGAACUGUGGUUGGCUCAACUGUUAUCAUGUAUCGUAGUGUGCUCUCCAACCGGUAAUGAAACCAGUCUGUAUACUUAUAAUCCAUUCACAAAUCGAGCACCCGAUCCUUGGGUCGAAACUAAUAGAAGUUGGCUCGACCGACGUAAUCUACCAUUGACCCUUUACAAUCAAUCUUUUUCAAACGAUUAUAAAAUAUGCGAGACUGUCUUUUUCGAUAAAACUAAAGUUCUUGAUGGCUAUCCCGUUAAAAUCGGCUCACCAAACUUCAGAAAAUCUACAAAUUUAGAUACCAUGCUUGAUUCUUUAAACAUGACUCGACAAACAAUACUCCUUGAUUUCCAUAAUUUCACAAAGGUACUAAAACUACUAUUCAAUCGAAAUUAUGAUUUGACACAAUUUACCGUGGGCAUUUCAUAUCCUGGUAUUUUACACACGGUGCCAUUUAUGCAAGAAUCAUCUUUUAUCUUUGUUACACAAAAGGCAAAUUUUCAAUCAGCAUCUUAUGAAAUUGCAAAUGUAUUCGAUAUUAAUGGAGCCAUAGCGAUAAUAUUUCUUCUUCUUCUAAUUACCCUCUUGAUUGUAUUGCACAAUAAGUAUCAGAUCGGAUUGGCUGUUCUGGAUGUCCUGAAGCUGCUGAUGAGUAUGGGAAUCGAUGCACCCCUUGACCGUCUCGCCAUGAAAAUCACCUUCUUCACGGGAUUUUUGUUUGUUUUUUUAUUUAGUCCAUUGCUUGAGGGUCAAUUAUUUGCCGUAUUAACUCGCCCGCCGACUUAUAACAUGGAGUCUCUUAAAGACUUGUACGAUCAUAAGUAUCACGUAUAUUAUAUGUCGGGCCUCCGUAAAUAUAUUUUAGGAGAGCAGUUAUGGAAAACUGACGAGGAUAUGAAAUACUUACACCCCAUUCACGAAUUGAACCCCAUAGGCGAUUGCGUGAAAAAAGUUAUCGAAAAUAAUAGAGCUGCAUGUAUGGCUCAAGAUUGGCAACUAAUUGACUACGCUGUUAAACAUAAUUUGCAUAUAGCACAACGAGUCGUGCUGAAAACACCAGGUUUUUAUCAUACGCAUCUAUUUUGGGCUCUGAUGGAUCGCUUUUACCAUGAAUCGUUGAACCUACAAGAGUCAGGAAUGAAAGUUUCCCCAACACGCCGAAUAAAAUCACGGAAGAAACUGAAAGCUAAAAAUAGACAUAGUAGAAUCGUUGAUUAUCGAAUAAUUGACGCAGUAGAUUUAACGAAUUUAUAUGUAUUUAUGGCAUUCUUCCAGUGUUUGGCAGUUAUUGUUUUUGGUAUUGAGUAUAUUAUCGGACGUUAUCGCCGUCCAAGACAAUAAAAAAUAAACAUCCGUUAACUUAAAAAAAUGUGUGUUAUUAAUAAAAGUGCAGUCGCGCGUGCUCGGCUUAAUGAAUUUGAUCACUUGGAUUGUCUAUCGUUCACAAAUUUUGACGUCAAUUUACUUCAGUCAAAUAUUUCAUCAAUUAUUAGCUUACACAAUUUGUGAGUGUGAAAUCAAACUUUUGACUAUCGGUUGUUUAUUCCAUAAUAAUAUUUAUCAAA